GUCUGUCCUGUAUUUCGGCAUAACCAUGCCAAUGCAGGGCAGAACCCGGAGCUUCGGGCACUAUUAGGGAAGCUUGGUUGCCUUGUUCGACUCCCUGUACUCCCGCAUUUUGUCUUUGAUGGAGCUGAUCGGCCCAAGGUCAAGAGAGGCAAAACAGUUGAGCGGAAUGUGCCUCACUAUUUGACGAACGGCUUUUGCUCCCUUAUCAAGGCAUUCGGAUUUACAUAUUUAUGGGCUCCUGGGGAAGCUGAAGCGGAGCUGGCUGCCAUGAAUAAGUACACUGUGGUUGACGCUGUUAUGACCAACGACAGUGAUGCGUUUGUCUUUGGUACACGCCGUUUAGUCCGACAACUUGUCAAGGUAUAUACUGUAGGACGGAUCCAGGAGAAGACAGGGCUGUCAAACGAUGCAUUGCUACUGAUAGCAUUAGUACGUGGAGGUGAUUAUGACACAGUGGGCCUCAAAGGGGCAGGCAUUGAGCUUGCAUACGAGAUUGCAAGCCAUACAAGCCUCGCAGAGAAGCUGGGUGCAAUGAUUCGUGGGGAAUCCUUUGACAGGUUUGCUGACUCCCUUGCCGGCUGGCGAAACGAGUUUCGUGAAGUACUGUCACUAAACCGCCUUGGUGUCCUGUCUCGAAGACACCCUCAUGUUGCUUCCGACAUCUCUGAGGCAUUUCCAUCUUUCAAUGUCCUUAGAUCGUAUGUUUCACCACAAACAUCCUGGUCA